CUCAGCAGGAGGAGGCAGAUUUCCUCUGCUGCUCACAGACAGAUCAUCACUUUUCCCCCUGAGCUCUUCUGCCGGUCACACAGCAUUUGCGUCUGUGGGCUGAAUUGCAGGAUAGGACCAGGAUCAGGAGGAGUAUCACAGCCAUAUCUCAGGAACAGUUACUGUUUGCCACUUAACGAGGAGGUAACUCCUUAAAGUAAAAGCACAUUGUAAGUGCCACAGAAGAGCCAAGGGCCACAAAUCCUCAACUUGUUAUACCUCAAGAGCGAACAUAUAUCUUCAAUAAUGGGUAACAGUAAGAGCUCCUCUGUUUCCAAGGAGAUCCUCGAGGACCUGAAGCUCAGCACCAAGUUCUCAGAGACUGAGAUUUAUCAUUGGUACGAAAACUUUAAGAAGCAGUGUCCAACAGGCCGCAUCUCCAAAGAAGAGUUUCAGACUAUCUACACCAAGUUCUUCCCUGACAGUGAGGCCAAUACAUAUGCCCAACAUGUCUUCCGCUCCUUCGACACCAAUGAUGAUGGCACACUGGACUUUAAGGAGUACAUCAUUGCCCUCCACAUGACAUCAACGGGGAAGACCACCAGGAAACUGGAAUGGGCUUUCUCACUGUUUGACGUGGACAAGAAUGGAUACAUCACCAAGUCGGAGGUCAAAGAAAUCUGUACAGCAAUUUUCAAGCUGAUUCCCAAAGAUGAUGUGGAGGAUCUGCCUGAGGAUGAAAACACACCUGAGAAGAGGGCGGAGAAACUCUGGAAAGCGUUUGAUAAGGGCGACAAUGACCGAGUCACAGAGGGAGAGUUCGUCAAGGGACUAUUGAGCAAUGAAGAAGCUCUUCGUUUGAUUCAGUACGAACCUUUAACAUAACAGCCCGAUGAGACUAAUUCAUUUCCCUCCCCUCCAGUCCUUUGCAUAUAACCCUUCAUUGUGUUAAUGCAGUGACACCUGGCAGGAUCUGAACAUACAGAAGGUGUAAAUAUAAUGCCUCAUUGCCCCACAUUAAUGAUACAUAAUCUCCUGCUUAGUUUUAUAACACUUUUACCUGUGCAUGUGUGUGUGCAUCAUUUUUAGUGCAUCAAAAUAAAUGGAUGAAACUAAAAUGUAGAAAUUGACUGCCUCCUAACUACCUGUAAUUACAGUUGCCAUGGCAGCUGUAAAAUAUGUUCAAAGCUUUACAUGAACUACACAUUUACUACUGUUUAUCUGCUACAAAGCACACAAAAAUACAUGUCAGUUAAAUAAAAUGUGACUUUCUGAUGUGAUUUCCUUCAUGGAUACUGAAAAUUUAAAAACACAUUCAUUUAUU